AUGGAUAAUAUGGCCUUUCUAUUCAAACCGCCUGAGCAAAGGAAGCGCAAUGAGAGAUCCCCUAAGCUUUCUUUACCCACAAUGCUGGUGAAUAAUUCAUCUUCGAGUGUGGAAUGUCAGGUAUCUGGUUCCCAAUCAUCUCCAAUUGCAUUUUCGUCUUCUACGGGUCCAAAACAUCAGCGACAGACACUGCGCAUGUCGUCUUCUUUUUCUCAGUCUACUUGUUCGCCUAUAUCGACGACUUUAGACUCGUCCAGACUUGAUACAGGUUCCAGCCCAUCAUCGCCGCCUGCAACUGCAGCGUUCAAAAGGCCUGCUCCACCAAGCAUGUUGACUUGUGCAAUUUUAAAUUCUGAUCACAAUACAAACCAAUUAGUUGGCCGCAUAUCGUCUAUACAGCAAGAUCAUGACUUUGCAGACAGAAAGGUAUAUGCAACGGAGGUGUCUCCUGUUGCAUCAGUUUCGAGCGGGCAAAUACACCAGCUUCCAUAUACUUCGAACGAUCAUAGCAGGUCCAUUGAAUCGUAUCCUUUAGCUGGGGUUGCCACGCAUGACAGUGUUAGUUCUGCAAGCUAUUUGCCUUCUCCGAAAAAGCUGUCCGCUGAAGUGUUGCCUGGUUCUUCACCGAGCAGUAACACUGACAAACAGGAUAUCAAAGUGGCGUCACCCUUAGUGGAGACCAAAAAAUUCAACGACGUUGACGAGCUUGAGGAGGAGAUGUGGACUCACUUCCAUUUGAAAGAUCAGAUCGAAGAGCUUGGAAUAUUGGGCGAAGGAGCCGGUGGUUCUGUCGUCAAGUGCAAAUUGAAAACAGGCACCAAAAUAUUUGCAUUGAAGGCUAUCACCACGUUGAAUAGCGACCAAGAGUCUCAGAAGCAAAUCUUCAGAGAACUUCAGUUCAAUAAGAGUUGCAAAUCUAGCUUCAUCGUUCAAUACUACGGCAUGUUCACUGAUCAGGAACACUCUUCGAUAUACAUUGCAAUGGAAUACAUGGGCGGGAAAUCAUUAGACGCCAUAUACAAACACUUACUAAAGUAUGGGGGAAGAGUUAGUGAGAAGGUUCUUGGCAAGAUAGCGGAAAGUGUCUUAAGAGGUCUAUCCUACCUACAUGAAAGAAAAAUCAUCCACCGUGAUAUCAAACCCCAAAACGUUCUAUUAAACGAAGCUGGUGAAGUCAAACUAUGCGACUUCGGUGUCAGUGGCGAGGCAGUUAACUCUCUAGCUACGACUUUCACAGGAACUUCCUACUACAUGGCCCCAGAACGAAUUCAAGGCCAACCAUACAGUGUCACAAGCGACGUCUGGUCUCUUGGUCUCACACUGCUCGAGGUUGCACAAGCCCACUUUCCAUUCGAUUCGGGAAAAAUGGCUGCAAAUAUGCCACCAAUUGAGCUGCUAAUGUUGAUCUUAACCUUCACACCACAACUGAAAGACGAGCCCGAAUCUAAUAUCGCAUGGAGCAAAGCAUUCAAAUCUUUCAUUGAAUUUUGUCUGAAGAAAGAGUCACGUGAAAGACCUUCCCCAAGACAAAUGCUACAACAUCCAUGGAUUCAAGGACAGUUAAAGAGACAAGUGAACAUGGCAAAGUUCAUCCAGAAGUGCUGGGCAGUCAAGUAG